AUGGCUCAAUCAAAUACCUCUCCUCGGAACCAUCGCGCCUCCGUCCUGGGGGGCACGAUUUUGGCAUUUGGGUUAUCAUUCUCAAUCUGCUACGGGACCUCCAAAGGCCUCGGGCUACAUUUUGCAAAUAUACCCCAGGAAUGGCUGUCUCAGCUAGGUGGAUCUAUAUACGCAUUUACAGUCCUUUAUUACCCGGCGGUUCUGAUCACUAAAAUAUCAAUUCUCGUGCUUUACUUGAGAAUCUUCCAGUCAAAUACGUUCGUCAGACGCGUAUCUCUCAUUUCGAUCGCUGUCAUCGCCUGUGCUUAUGUUGCGUUAACUUGCGCCAAGGUCUUCCGGUGCCAACCUGUUAGUGGAGCAUGGCAACUUGCACCAGGACGUCCUGUGAAAUGCAUUGAUAUUGUCGUUAUCCACCUGGCGUCAACUCCGGUGAAUCUCUAUACUGAUCUUGCGAUCAUCCUGUUGCCAAUACCCGUACUCAGCAGCCUACAGCUUCCUCGGCAGCAGAAAUUUAUUUUGAUUCUUACGUUUGCACUGGCAGCGUUCGAUGUCGUCAUCUCUGUCAUCCGCACUGCUGUUUUGGAGCAAGUUUUGUUGAAGGCGGCUGUCGAAAACAGACUCCAUGGAUACGAAACACCCGCUUCGAAGCUUGAUAUAACGUACACCGAAUCGCUCGCCUUCAUGUGGUCUGCCGUGGAGGUGAAUAUUGGCAUCGUCUGUGCUUGUAUCAUAACUCUCAGGCCGCUCGUUGGGAAAGUAUUUCCAAAGAUGUUGGAGGACUCGAGAAGAAAACAGAGCAGCGGAGGCAGCAGCAGUACGAAACCCGAAUCUUCUAGGGCCGAGGAAAAAGACGCAUCCUCAUUUCGACCGAACUGGAAUGUUCGCGCUCCAUCGUCGAACGAAGUAGGCAACGACGGUCACCCCGACCCUUUCGUAUCUUCCUCUGCUACCUGCUUUGUCGACCGAGAAGAACACCGACACGCCGUCCAGAUGGAGCGAGCAGUUGAACUUGAUGUUUCUGUUGCACGCGCUGAUUUUGGGGCUGGGCCUAGCCGAGAAGCCAACUAUUACCCGAUGGAAUUCAUAACAACCCCGGAAAUUAGCAACGUACCAUCGCAUCGUGAAUCGGUGCUCAUACCCCAAAGUCCCGAAGCCCAUCAAAGGCUGUUCAGAUUUUUCUGCUUCUAUCUGCCAUCGAAAUGCAUCAACAACCUCUCCACCAAAGAAUCGUAUCUCCCUGUUGCGAUUAUAACGACCCUAUUCUUCAUCGUACAGUUUCUUUUGGGGCUAAUGAACGUUCAGGUCGCGGAGAUUUUGGGUGUCCUCAACAUCUCCUCCCUGAGAAGUGUUCAACUCCAAGCGACGUACUUUUCGGGAUACUUCCUCGGCGCUCUGUUUAUCAGUCGAUUCACCUUGGCUAAAUUCAGCCUGCAUGUGACUCUGCUGACGGGGCUGCUUAUCCUUUCUGUCGCGCCGAUGAUUUUCUGGCCCACUGCAGUUCUUUUAACUAUACCCGGCCUAUUGGUGUCUUACCUCAUCCUAGGAUUGGGAUUUUCUGUGGUGUACAACGGAUUCUUUGUUUUCGUAUUGCUUUGCGGUCCCCUCCAAUUUACUGCCCUUCGAUUGUUAUUCCUGCAGGCCAUUGGAAAUAUCGGGAAAUUGUUGUCAUUUAUUCUUGCCACCCAAUUCAUCUUCCCGGAUAACCAGACCGAAACAACCAUUCUCAACUCUCAGUGGACAUUCUUGGGUGUGACUUUUAUUGUCGUCUUUCUAACUAUUCUUCUCUACUAUAUUCCUUUAACAGGAGUUUCCUAUGAUGACCUGGCCCGGGACACAGGAUAUCUUGAAGGGGCGCGUCAGACAUUCAUGCCUCCGUUUAAGAAGGCAUACAUCUGCAAUCGGGAUGUUUGUUAUACCACCCUGGCGCUUGGUGUCUUUUCCGCAUUCUGCUAUUCUGGUCUCAACUCCGUUAUCACGUACAUAUUUACGGAUUAUGUGCACUCUAUGGAUCCGACGUCGGCGCUGAAUGAGCGCUAUCUCACAUGGAUCGCAGGUGCUGCUCUUGUUGUCGGUCAAUUGGUCGCCGUACCGAUUUGCUACUACUCUAGGCCGUCGUGGGUGUUGCUAAUAUGCUGUGUUACCAACAUCAUCUUGUCAACCCUCACCCUCACUGUCGAGGGAACCGCCGGCGUUGUGGUGAUUGUGGUCCUGCAAAUGUUUGUCGGUCCCGUAUUCCCGCUAUUGUUGAGCAUUUCAUUGAGCAGACUCCGACGGCACACUUUUGCAGCAUCUACGUAUGUGACUGCUACACUAUCAGCGGGCGCACUGUUCAUCCCGGUUACAUACUUUGUGCAAAGACGCCCGAGUGCGAAUCCGAUCCAAUACAGCUUCUCUGUGGGGCUUGCUUGUUCUUGCUUUGGCAUCGCGAUGCCGCUAUUCAUCAAUAUUAGUCGAGCAGCCAGGAAGCAGGUUAAUCGGCGCGGGAAAGGUUGA